ACAGCCUUUUAGUGUCAAACUCUGCAGUGCAGUAAUUAUAAGCACAACACAUUUCUGAGUUUAGGAGCCCUUUAAAAGACUGAAUUCUAAGCUUUAGUUAACUAAUAAAUGUGUAUGUGACAGAUGAGGAUGAAGGUUAAACGGUAUUAUGAUUCCAGUUCUGUGAAGAGAUGCUGUUUGAUGUGAUAAUGGAUCAGGAGGAGGGUCGUGAAGGAAGGGUAACAGGAGAGGAGGUUGGGAGUGUGUGUGUGUGUGUUUGUGUGGGAAGCAGAGACAACCCCAGAGCAGCUUAACCAAAUUUACAUUAGAUCUGCGUUUCGACUAUCAUAUGAUGGUUUCUCUUCUGUUUGCAUUCUUCGUGGCAUUCUGCCGGCUUGAGUGAUCUCAUGGAAUGCACAUGGGAUUUUCCUUCAAGAAAACAUUUAGUACAACUCUGCUCUCGACUGCUCUCUUACACCAGACCGGAGUCUCUACAUGGGUCCGUUUGAAUGAAAUUCGUGGAGAUAUUCCCAUUUUUUAAAAAAGUAUGUAACAGGAUUUGGGAUGUGAUGCAAGGUGCCUCUGUUGACUGGAUUGAUGCUUUGCUGAAGGAAGAAGGAAAAUGUGGAUACCGUCAUUAAUUUGGAUUCUGCACUUCAUGAAUCUUACAAAAGGCCUAGAUAGCACAAAGAUUCUGAAAUAUAGACGUAGCUCCCCCAUGAGCAGACUCUGUCCAGCCGGUUGUGCAACAUGCUCGGCCCUGAAUGGCUGUCUGUCCUGUAAACCUCGCCUUUUCUUCCACUUGGAGCUGGAUGGGAUGCGGCAGAGGGGCACCUGUCUGUCCACCUGUCCUCGGGGGCACUACGGCAUGCGCUCUCGGCACAUCAGCACCUGCACCAGGUGCAAGGAGGACUGUGCUUCCUGUUUCAGUGAACAUUUCUGCACACACUGUCACCUGGGUCACUUCUUGUUCCGGGGCAAAUGCGAAAACAGCUGUCCAAACGGACUGACAGCAAACGCAGCACUGCGAGAAUGCACAGAGUGCUCUGUAGGCUGUGAGGUGUGUGUGAGGAGGAACAUGUGUGUGAGGUGCAGAGCAGGCCUGUACUUUCUCCACGGCCAGUGCCAUCUCACCUGCCCGAGGGGAUUUGAGCCUGAUGUGCAGUUUUUACAAUGCGUCCCACAAGUGCACUGUCAGGUUGGGGAAUGGACGGAUUGGGGUCCAUGUGUUCGGAAAAGGAGCAUGCGAGCCUACAGGAGGGGGGAGGAGACACGUACCCGACAAGUUCUGCAGUCACCAAGUCUCCACGGUGACCCCUGUCCACAUGUGUCAGAGAUCAGGAAGUGUGUCAUCAAAAAGAGACCAAAGAGUCCAAAUAUGUUGUAAUAAAUAGAAAAGAAGAGACAAUUAUAAACUAUUUGUUUUAACUUAAUAUUGCUCAUUCUACAUUGGCUGGUAAUUUAAAAACUUGAAAAUACUAUUGUAAAUUGUGGGAAAAAAAGCACUCCAACAGACAUUAUUAAAAGGGAUGGAUAUGAUGAUAUUACAUCAAACUUUUGUGCUUCUAUGAAUUCAACACCUUUGCUGCAUCGCUUGGCUUUAUGUGGCUGAAUCAGAGACUUUUUAUAUGAAUAGCAGUCAUGUGCUAAAUUGAUGCCACUUGUGUUUUGUUCUACAUACUGAUUGCCUAACUUUACUGUUUAUGUCGGAUUGCGACUUUUCGAGGACACCUACAACCCCAAAAAAGGUGUAAAAAGAUUCUUACUUCCAAUAAAAUGUAUUAACAAAAA